UGGGAGGGCCUAUCCUGUGUUUGGAGGUAAAGAGGUAGGAAUAUGUUUGCCUCUGCUGCGUCAUUGUAAUUUUCACUCUAUUAAUACUGUGACACGCCGUCAUGUCUGCUGCUAUCUUCCUGAAAAAGGACAGCGAGGUUUUGAUAAAUGAGCUCCAGUAGCGUUUUUGUCAGGGUAACCCCUCAUUUCAUCUGUUGCCAGGGAAACACUAUGAUCCUUAGUGGUUGCUAAGGCAACCCCGGGUUGCUGUGACCCGCAUAUCUUCACCAAAGAAGUUCCUCCCAAAUCCAGUGAGGGGUAUCUGGAGGCUUUAGGAGAUUUUUUUUUUUUUUAUCAACUGCCCUAACGUGUCAAAUCCUGCAACAGAGUGGAUCGAAUAAUUAGUAAGAUGGACCACGAUAAAAGUUGUCAAGGCCAGCCGUGGCUUUCCCUGCUGCAGACGGGUGGAGCCACUCCCUCUGCAGACUGUCAUAAUGAAGGGGAGAUAACACCAAGUGAAUAAAUCUGGGCCUCAUUGGUCCAGAGUUUUACCUUCAGUUGGCAGGGACUGAGGCUGGACACUUGGAUCUUUUCCCGAAUAGAGGGAGGAUUUGUGGGUAUUUUUUUAGUCUGCUCCAUCAGAGAGCUGUAAGCCUCCCGCUUUAAUCUCAGCCUCUGCUGCAGCUCAGGUUUCACUUUCGCUCCCAUAUCGCCUUUUCGCCCCUCAUAAGAUUGUUUCCUUUCUUAUCGCCUUUUCGCCCCUCAUAAGAUUGUUUCCUUUCUUCCCUUUCAAAAGACUGACGAAUUGAUGAGUAGCUUUAAAGGCCACAACACGUUCGGCCUCAAAUAACAUCUUUUUAUUUAAAUUCUGCAGCACAGACACAAGAAGUGAAGUUCUACUUAAAAAACAAAAUAGUCAAUUUUCUCUCUCAAGUUGUGAAAUGUUCGAACAAUUUUCAAAACAUUCAUAAUAUAGACAGAAGAAAUACAAUUAUUACCAAUAGAACACCGAUAGAGCGAGGUUAUUAAAUAUUGUUUACUAAAACAUGUUUGUGUCCCUCCUUCAAAUGUUUACCGGCGCACUUCCUGUCAGCUGUGUACCUCUUCCGCCAUCUGGUGGCCAAGCAGGUGAACUUUACCAGUUCAUGAUGUGGAACGCGUUCUUCAUAAAUCUGUUCAUAAAGCCGGUGUGAAGUUGUCAUAAUGUUUUCAUCUUGUAAAUUCACAAACACCUUCUUAUGUAUGCCUCAAAUUUACACAAAUACUCAAAAGAGGACCUUAAUUAACAAAUGUUGAACUUCUUCACAACAAAAAUAAAGGUAUUGCAUUUUAAAACAGCAUUAUUUUUAAAGUUUAUGGCUCUCUUUUUUUUUUUAAGAAAGGGCUUUGGGAAAGAAAACCACAUUUCUACACGCACACACAAAUGAAUAGUAAGUUAAAUAAAGCAAGAUCUCAUAUGGAAUUGCCAAAAACCUGACAGUCUGCCAUCUGGGGAAAGAAUCUGGUGUGUUAACCCCCCCUCUCGUCUAAAUGUGGGACAUUUACAAGACAUGGGUGGGUUUGGCAGAGGAGCAGGUGACAGGAUUCUCCUCUAAAGCCUGUGACAGUCACCCAGCUGACACUAAAAUUGUUCUCUAAGUAGGGGGCGGAAGGUCAAAUGACUGCAACAAAAUUAAAGAACGACUCUCAAAUACGCUUAAAUUGAACAGGACACCCGAAAACAGUCCUUUGUUUACUUGAGUAUUUUCUUUUUAAACAAGAAAAGUCAAACAUUCCAACCACAAACUGAGUAUCAGUUCUAUCACCUUUCUAAUUAUAAACCUGAGCCCUGACUCUCCCAGAAUGGAAGUCUAUCCAGGCCCCCCGUGUGGCCUAAAUUUAGCCCCCCACAUUCCCCCAGUAAGAAGCCCUGGCCCCCAUUGUCAGUUUUCACACACAAACUCAGCAUACUCCACUUUGACAAAUCGUGGUUGCUGCAGGGACGUCACUCGCUCUCUUCGGAGGACCUCUCUUUCCGCACGUGACCAGUGACAGAGUUUUGAAGGUGAGCCUUCUUUUGAGAUUUGCGCAACACAUUGAGAUGGAAAGUGUCUGACUUGCCUGGAGUUCCCUCCGAGCUCAGGGUGCAGCUGUCAACAUGAGUUUAAUGGACAUUUCUAAGAUCUUCUCCCUGCUGCAGCCAAAGGAGGAGGAUGAGGACAAAGAGCAGUGUCAGGCUCUGAGCAGCGCUGUAAGCACAGACAACGUGACUCUGCUGUCUGAGCUUCUCUCUCAGGAGAACUACAGGCGGUACAUCAAUGCUCCAAGUGGGUGGGGGGUCCCUGUAACCCCCCUGCGCACAGCUGCCGCUCUGGGACACCUGAGGUGUUUGGAGCUGCUGUUGGAGCAUGGUGCAGAGGUGGAUGUUUUGGACGUGAAAGCCCAGACCCCCCUGUUCACUGCUGUCAGCGGCAAACAUCUGGACUGCGUGGUUUCCCUCCUGAAAGCCGGAGCCGACCCGAACGGCAGCCAGUACAACAACUGCUCCCCGCUGCUCACCGCAGCGCGGGAGGGCGACGUGGAUGUCCUGCGAGAGCUGCUGCGCUUCGGAGCAGAUGUAGACGUCAAACCCAAAGUCCCUGAGUGGGCCUCCAAUGCCACAACCUGCAGAGGGCCCCUCUACCUGUCAGCUGUUUAUGGACACCUGGACUGCUUUAAGCUCCUCCUCCUCCAUGGAGCAAACCCCGACUACAACUGCACAGACGAGAAGAUGUUGGCGAGGAUUAAGCUGCCAAAGACUGUCCUGGAGGUGUGUCUCCGUUACGGCUGCGGGGUGGAGUACAUUCAGCUUCUCAUCAACUUUGGAGCCAACGUGUACUUGCCCACACUCAUCAUCGACAAAACAACAAAGCAAAAUGAAGCUCUGCUUCUGCUGCUCAAGGAAAGAGUUUGCCCCAAAACACUGAUGUCGCAGACUCGACGGAUGAUUCGAAGAUGCAUCUGCUUUGCAAACAAAGAGCCUGCAAUUGACAGUUUGGACAUUCCUGUGACCAUGAAGAACUAUUUAAAGCAUAACCCCUCCUAACGUGAACCGUGUUCCUGGAUGGAUCAGCUGGAUGGACGGUUUGAGCUGCCUUAAGCUCCAAGCUACACGUGGAUGCCCCCAAGAAAAGGCUUUAUCCACCUAUAUGUGAGUGCAGUAAUGUCACGGGUUGUACAAAAAAGGGCACUGGAGCUCAGCAGAGAGGAAAGUUAAGAUGGCAGCAACAAAACCCUCACAAAUACAGGGCUUUUGGGGCUCCAACAGUGUUGCUUCAUGUUUAUCAACCUUAUAAAGCCCGAUUAAUGGUUGCUGUCUUAAAAAAAAAAAAAAUCACAAUUAUACAAUCUUGGUAUCACAAUCACAAAAAAGGAAAGUAUAGUACAGCAAACUGAAUUUUUGCUUUAGUCUAGAAGGGCAAACUGAUGACCUCAUCAUUAAAGGACACAUGAAAGUCCCCAAUAUAACAACUCCUACCCGACUUUUACAGCGUGUAUAAAUUCAUGAUCGUUCCCCUUACUUUUUGACAAAUUCAUGGUAGUGUUGCACAUUUUUAUGAGAUCCUGUCAAUCUCAGCAUUAAAAAUAUCAACUGGAGUCAGAAUAUUCAUACAUUUUUUAAGAGUUGGGACGUUUCUAGUUAAAAAUGUCCAUCUGAAAGUGGGUUGAAAUUACUAAAACGUUAAAUGCUGGUGAUAGGGUUGGCACCAUCACCUAACCAUCCAAUAGCAAGAAGGUCGUGGUUAAAUCCUGGCAUGCUCCCUUCGUCCCACAAGGCAAACAAAAACCUAACAAGUAGGUAGAAGGGAUAUUGUAAGGCACGUGUGUCAAACUCAAGGCCUGCGGGCCAAAUGUGGCCCGCCAUGUCAUUUUAAAUAAAAUUGUUUAGUAUCUCUUUGUUUUAUGGUUCUGGAAUAAAGGAAUUUGCAUCAACAUU